CCCCAGCUCUGCUUGUGAGAGAGACGGCCGAGGCCACGGUAUCGCCUUCCUCAGAGACAUCCAGAACCCCCCCAAGGGCCUUUGUGGCUGUCGAUUGAAGCAAAGAUGCCCACCUUGUCAAGAUGGUAGCAGUCUUUGUAACUGCAGUUUCCCAUCCUUACUGUCCACUCUCCUGGUGCCUUUCGUCAUCUCAGCUGCCCUUUCACUAAGAUGACUUCUCAUUCACUCACCAGCUUUUUGAUUUGUUUUCAUUUCCUUUACUGCCGAACUUGUGACCAUAGCCACAGACUCUUCUUUAAAAAAAAGAGUUUUUUCCUUUAGGUGUUCACAUGGUUCAAAAACUUAGUUACAUAAACUGUAAGCUGAUAAACCUCACUUUACUACUCUGCUCUUAUGCACAUUAUUCUUAAUACCCCCCAACACACAUAGGUAACUAUUUUUCUUUUACUAUAGAUUUUUAAAUUUGUUACUGGUUGUCCUAGGGAUCAUGAUUAACAUGUUAAUUUAUUUAUAACAGUCUAGUUUGAAUUAAUACCAAUUUAAUUUUAAUAGUAUACAAAACAUUUGCUUCUGUAUAGAUGUAUCCUCCCCCAUUUAUGCUGUUACUGUCACAAAUUACAUCUACACGUUGUAUGUCCACCAACGUAGAUUUAUAACUGUUGCUUUAUGUAGUUGUCUUUUAAAUCAGGAAAAAAAUGAAGUUACAGAAAUAUGCAUUUAUAUAGCCUUGUUGUAUUUAGCUAUGUAGUUACUCUUUUUGAUGUUGUCUGUUUUGAGUUACUGUCUAGUGUCCUUUUACUUGUGUCUAAAGGGUUCCAUUAACAUUUCUUACAGAUCAGGUUUGCUAGCAGCAAAUGCUCAGGUUUUGUUUAGGUGUCUGGCUUUCUCCUUCAUUUUGAAGGUUUUGCCGGAUACAGAAUUCUUGGUUAACAGUUUUUUUCUUUCUAGUGUGCAUGAUUUCUAUGAGAAAUAAGCUGUUGACCUGAUAAGGGUCCCCUUGUGUAUAAUGAGUUGCUUCUCUCUUGCCGCUUUCAGGAUUCCCUCUUGGCUUUGGCUUUGACCUUUCACAAUUUAUGUGUAUGCAUGCAACCUUCUAGAUUCCCAGAAAUAUGUUAGGGUUUUUCAGAGCCCUUAUGGACAUCUCAGUCCUUUCAUCUUUUUGGUUUGUGUAUUAUUAUUUGCCUCAGUUGGUUUCCAUUGUGUCAGGAAGUAGUGAACAUACUGCCUGCAAAUGUUUGACAGACAGACCUGCACCCUAGAGGCCUUUAGCACUACUCAAGUUCCUGGCAAGCCUUUUGAGUCAAGUCUUUGAGGAACCACCAAACAGGUCAAAUAAAAACUAUUCCUUGGGAAUGAGGCUCUGAAAAAUCUCUAACCUCAUUCUGCUUCCUCGAGUACCAGAAAUACAGGUGGUUAUUUUCCAAGGCUGCUGUGAUUGCAGAGCCAGAGAUGGGGACGAAGAUAAUCUAAAAAACUCGCUGUUAAUGAAAUUAAGAUAGUUUCUGUGAAUACACUGUCCCCUGGGUUGCUGCAAGACUUUGGUUAAUUUACAGAAUUCUGAGAGUAUUAAUUGUGGCAGUUUUUGACAGUUUUUUGGUUGUUUUUAUGGAUUGGUAAACUUUCAGGGUAUUUAUGUUGCCAUUUUCACUGACCUCUUGCCCCAGUUAAUUACUUUUAGUAAUUUCUGUUAUGUUUCUAGAGUUUCUUUAUGCAACUAAAAGCGUAUGGGAAUGUGCAGUUAUUUUUCAUCUUUCCAAAGGUAAACUAUGAUUCAGCCUGUUCUGUAUAUUGAUGUUUUUAAUUUAGCAUUGUACCAUGGCCUCCUGAGUUCUGGAGGUAGAUUUCUUCCCAGCCCUUCUAACGGAAUGGGCUUUUGUGGAGUCUCACCAGCUGCCUUCACUUCAGAUCUCAAGGACUCAUGAAUUAUGGGAGUUGUAAGUCUUCCCCCCUUGGUGCUAAUGCUUUGUGAGGCCUGUGGUUCUGUCACCUCCUUCCUUACACUUUUACCAUCUUGCGGAUCAUCUCCACUGUCUCCUUGAUCUCUGUGGAACUAGGAAUUUCAUCUCUUUGCUAUGGAUUGUUUUCCCAGGUUCUUGGUAUGUGUCCCUGAGGCCAGCCUUCUGAGUCGUCUGAGCUCGAUGUCGAGAGAGCACCCUGCCCACCUGCUGCCGCCCCUGCAGGAAGUAAUCUCUUCUAACUCCUGGGAUUUUCUUCCUCUGAAAUGUCAGCUGUGUCAUUCAACUUCCACCAACGUCACCUGCCCCUCAGGUCCCUUCCUCAUAAAAUUGCGGCUCAAGUUGAUGAGUAAAUUCAUAACUUGUUAUCAGCCACCUCAGGUGCUAUUUCCAGAUGUAUCUCUCUGAGGUCUUCCAUCAUGAGGUCUCUGUUUUGUUGUACAGUGUUUUGAGUUGCCUUUUGCGUAACAGACCAGAUGUCCAAAUAUUUCUAGUACUUUUCUCAUUCCCUGACUAGUUCCUGCUGUUUACUCUGCUGGCACCUUCACGUCUUCCUAAUGAGUCCAGUCACGUGCCGUGCCGGGGGCCCGUCUGCAUUGGAGCCCGGCUGAAGGCUGGACUCCUGUCUCUGGUGUGGAACUUUCCCUGGUUUCUUCUGCUGGUGCUGAUCUCCUUGUCUGACCUCCCACCCACUUAGCAUGCAAAACCCACAAUCUCUCAGCGAUAUAUUGUGUGUAUUGCUCAUAACUGUUCAGCAUUUCCUUUCAUCAGAUAGAUCCUAGCUUCCAGGUGAAAGAGACUGUCUUUCUUGUCUCUGGUUCUGGACACUCAGUCCACAAGGACCAAGAGGAAGUUUGGGCCAGAGUUGUUCAUUUGAUCAGUGGGAUGAUCAGCUGCCAUUUUUAGAAGUUUCUAUUGAAAGAAUUCAAAAGCUAUAUGAAGAUCAUUCCCUAACUUCUAGGAGCUAAGCUUGAAAUUGUAAUGAAUGCCAGUUGUUGAGUGGAGUAGAGCCUCUUUUGUAAUGGACUUGGGUAGCGAAAUGGGGAAAAUAGUCUAUACUGAAGUGAGAGGAAGAAAAACCUAGAGAAAGAGGACAAGGAACUACAUCCUGUUGGGUACCUGUGCCAGGCUGGAUAAUGACACCCCUGCCCCCCCAAAAAAAGAUGCACCAUGUCCUAAACUUGUGAAUAUGAUACCUUAGUAUGGCAAAAGGGGCUUCUCAGAUGCAAAUAAAUUAAGGAUCUUGAGAUAGAGAGGUUAUCUUCGAUUAUUUGAGUGGGUCCAUUGUAAUCACAAGGUCCUCAUGAGAGUGAGGCAGUGUCAGAGAUACAGAGAGGAGGCGGUCGACGGAAACAGAGGUUGGAAUGAAGUGCUUUGAAGAUGGAGGAAGGGGCUACAAGUCAAAGAGAGCAGACGGCGUCCAAAAGAAAAGGCAAGACUGUGGAUUCUCCCCUGCCUUGCUUUUAGCCCAUGAAAGCCAUUUUGUAGUUUUCACUUCCAGGACUGUGUAAGAAUGGAUGAGAAAUCUUGAAGGCAAAACACUGAUCCCAGCACAGAGCAUUUUUGAGGAAGAACAAUCCCAUAGCAUGAAGUUGAAAAGAUACAUAUGGGAUGAUCCUUGGUUCUCCAGGUUAGAAGUUUUGGGAUGCAAAGACCAGUUAGAAAUGUACCACAUGAACCAGAGUACAGCUAUGAGGCAAAUGGUCUUCAUGCAAAAGCAAGUACUAUCUCAGAGAAGCUCUGAAUUCUGUGAACUUGGGGCACAAUGUAGCCAGAGCUUAACUUUUGUUCCAACUCAGAGAGUUUCUCAAAUAGAACAUUCCUAUAAGCCGGAUGCAAAUGCUGAAAGUUGGAGAUGUAACUCAGCCAUAAUGUAUGCAGAUAAGAUUACCUGUGAAAAUAAUGAUUAUGACAAAGCCUUCUACCAGUCCAUGCAGCCUGUUCAUCCUGAAAGGAUACAACCUGGAGAUAAUCUUUUCAAAUGUACUGAUACUGUUAAAUCUUUCAAUCAUAUACUACAUAUUGGUGAUCAUAAGGGAAUACAUACAGGAGAAAAACUCUAUGAAUAUGAGGAAUGUCAUCAAAUCUUUAACCAGAGCCCAUCAUUUAAUGAACAUCCAAGACUUCAUAUUGGAGAAAAACAGUAUGAUUACAAAGAAUAUGAGAAUAUCUUUUACUUCUCAUCCUUUAUGGAACAUCAGAAAAUUGGUACUGUAGAGAAAGCAUAUAAAUACAAUGAAUGGGAGAAAGUCUUUGGGUAUGACUCAUUCCUCACUCAACAUACAGGCACUUACACUGCAGAGAAACCCUUUGAAUAUAAUGAAUGUGGGACAUCUUUCAUUUGGAGUUCUUACCUUAUCCAACAUAAGAAAACUCAUACUGGAGAGAAACCCUAUGAAUGUGAUAAAUGUGGAAAAGUUUUUAGGAAUCGUUCAGCCCUUACUAAACAUGAACGCACCCACACUGGAAUAAAACCCUAUGAAUGUAAUAAAUGUGGAAAAGCCUUCAGCUGGAAUUCUCAUCUUAUUGUACAUAAGAGAGUACAUACAGGGGAGAAACCUUAUGUAUGUAAUGAAUGUGGGAAAUCUUUCAACUGGAACUCCCAUCUAAUUGGGCAUCAGAGAACUCAUACUGGAGAGAAACCCUUUGAAUGCACUGAAUGUGGGAAAUCGUUCAGCUGGAGCUCCCAUCUUAUUGCCCAUAUGAGAAUGCAUACUGGAGAGAAGCCCUUUAAAUGUGAUGAAUGUGAAAAAGCUUUUAGAGAUUACUCAGCCCUUAGUAAACAUGAAAGAACUCACUCUGGAGCAAAACCAUAUAAAUGUACUGAAUGUGGAAAAUCCUUCAGCUGGAGCUCUCAUCUAAUUGCUCAUCAGAGAACUCACACAGGAGAGAAACCCUAUAACUGUCAGGAAUGUGGCAAAGCAUUCAGGGAACGCUCAGCCCUUACUAAACAUGAAAUAAUUCAUUCUGGAAUUAAGCCCUAUGAAUGUAAUAAAUGUGGAAAAUCCUGCAGUCAGAUGGCUCAUCUUGUUAGACAUCAAAGGACUCAUACUGGCGAAAAGCCUUACGAAUGCAAUAAGUGUGGAAAAUCCUUCAGCCAGAGCUGUCAUCUUGUUGCUCAUCGGAGAAUUCACACUGGUGAGAAACCCUAUAAAUGUAAUCAAUGUGAAAGAUCCUUUAACUGUAGCUCUCACCUUAUUGCACACCGGAGAACUCAUACUGGAGAGAAACCAUAUAGAUGUAAUGAAUGUGGGAAAGCAUUUAAUGAGAGUUCUUCCCUUAUUGUACAUCUGAGAAACCAUACUGGAGAAAAACCCUACAAAUGUAACCAUUGUGAGAAAGCUUUCUGUAAGAACUCUUCUCUUAUUAUUCAUCAGAGAAUGCAUAGUGGAGAGAAACGCUUUAUAUGCAGUGACUGUGGGAAAGCCUUUAGUGGUCACUCGGCCCUACUUCAACACCAGAAAAACCAUAAUGAAGAGAAACUCUGUGGAUUGAAUUGAUAAAGAGAUUUUUCUUUUAUCAUACAUUUGGUGCCACAUUGAAAAAAAAAACCUGUAAGUAAUCAAGAGGGGAAGUUUUUAGUAAGAGUUAAGGAAGACUUCUCUUAUUCAAUAGAAAGUAUCUCUUAGAAGAAACCUAUAGAUGAAAAGAAUAGGGAGAAGCUUUCAGCAGCUGUGUAGCCCUUAUUUGACAUCAGAUAAUUACAGAUAAUUUGAAGAAAACUCCAAACUACUCUUCUGGUUCACUAGGAAUCCUACUGAAGAAAAUGAACAUAGGGAAUGAGACAUCUUUUAGUAAGAAAUCGCAACUAUUUGUGGAUCGCAGUACAUUGUUAAGGGAAAAAACCCAUUGUUCUGGGAAAAGUGUUUCAACUGGAAACAUAAUGUUUUGCAUCAAGCCAGGAGUGUUGGAUGGGAAGCUUUAAAAUAACAUUUUUGUGCAUAAUUAUGGAAAUACAAAUUUUGUUAUAAGGGGAGAGGGUCUGGGUGCCCUUUAAGGAAUAGAAUAUGGAAUACUAAAUCUGAAUUUAAGAAAAAAAGUAUUCAAUGAGAUAUUUACUGUUUAUCAAGACUAACUUUAGAAAAGAUUAGUAAAUGAAAUUAAUAAUGGAAAGUCAUUACCUAGCAGUAUGAGACUGAUGUUGGAACAAAAGGUGAUACUUUAUAACACAGUAUGUCAGUGUCCUUGGUUUAUUUAUUAUUGCAUUGUUGAACAGUUUGUAAAUUGUUUUAGGCAGUCACUGUAAGUUCUAAUUAUGGAAUCCGCAUCAGUAUACAUAAUAUUAAGGAAUAAUAAAGGACAGUAUUGUGUGUGUAUAUAUAUGUAUGUGUGUGUGUAUAUAUACACACACACAUAUACACACACAGCUACUAUAACAUCUAAAAAUGGGAAAGGACUGGAAAGACCAAUGGAGAAAUUUAACCUAAUUUAAGAUUUUUUGUUUUACAGAUAUGCAGCACUUAACCACAUGCUAGGCUUUGUUUAAAAUGCGUUUCAAAUACUGUUCAAUUCCCUUAAGAGAUAGCUACUAUUAUUAUCCAGUUUUACAAAUGGAGAAACUGAGGCACAGAUGUUGGAAAACUUAAAGACACACUGCUAGUAAGGAAUGAUUUGGCUCCAGAGUUCAUGUUUUUAACCACUAUGUUAUGUUGCCUCUCCAGUGAUUUUUUUCCCUAUUUUUCUGUUGUUCAGUGUUGCUAACAUAGACAUUUAAUGAAAAUCAAGAAAUUCCUAAACAAUGAGAGAUAAAGUUAUCUGGCUCUCGGACUUCUGGUAAUGUGAGAGCUAAACUCCCAUUGAAAUAGGAAGUCUGGAUUGGAUAUUCAGAAUCACUGCAUUUUCUGGGACCUGGGUCCCCAAGAGGAUUUACAGCAGAGUAGGUAGGGGCUGAAGGACUCACUAAAGGUUUGGGCAAGUCUCAGAAAUACCCCUUGAUGGGUUUAGAGGGAAGAGACACCACCACGCAUGGGAGCACCAUUUCUCAAGGUCUCUCUUGGAUUCAGUGUCUGUACUUUGUCUUCUCUAGAUGAAAAGGUUGCUUGAUAAUAGGAAAGAUUUGAAAGGGAAGGAAGCCAAACAAUCUGUCACAUAGAUUGAAGUCUCCAUGUGCUUAUAGGGGUGAGCGGGCAAGAUGAACAGGAGGGAUUGGGCAGCUUCUCUCCAAAGAUAUUUCUUAUAUUUCCCUAAAAUAGGCUGUAAUUAGGGGCUAAUAGUCCAUCUUGGAUGGGCUUCAAGAGUGUGAGAAAUCCAGUAUACAAAGGUUCAUUGAAUUCUCCAGGGAUCCAUGACUCCCCAGGAGUGGAGAACCACAGCCUGCUAGGGUAAUGGGGAGGUGGUGUCCGCCAUCCGACUCCUAUAGUGGAGCUUUCACAUAGGAGCGUGACGUCCAGUCCCCUACCUUCCAGGGCUUAAUGCAUAGUGGUUGCCCAGUAAAUGUUGCAGGAGUAAAAGUAAUUGAAUGGGUUUCUCAUGUGAUUCGUGCAAAAACCCUGGAGAGAAUAGAGUCAGCAUUAUCUUUGUGAGAGAAAGCAGCCUAAUGUGUCAAGAGUCAUGCUGCCAGUAUAUUGGAAUUAUAUUCUACUACCCGAAGUAACACAUUUUGGGCAAAUCCAGAUUCUUUGCUUUUGGGGGCUCCAAAGGACUUCGUAAGUCACACAAAAUAUUCUGCAAGCAAUAGUGACUCUGUGGCAUCUUACUACACUGAUGGACAGUGACUGCAAUGGGGUAUGGGGGGGACUUGAUAAUGUGGGUGAAUGUAGUAACCACAUUGUUUUUCAUGUGAAACCUUCAUAAGAGUGCAAAUCAAUAAU